AUGAAAUAUCAGAAAUCAGCCUGGAAGAUGGGGAGGAACUUCCUCCAAGGUAAUCCUGUGCUAAUCCCCUCCCCCAUAAUCAAUUGCUUUUAAAAAAAAACCCGGUCCAUUUCUAUGGUGGUGGUGCUUGGGGUCUUUGAAGGAUGGGAGGCAAUAAACCCUUUUGACAAAAGUGCUACUCCUGUCUCCCCUCAGCAUCCCAACCACAGCUUCUCCGGCUGAUCUUCCUCCUGAAAGCAUCAGCGAGGGACCAGCUGAAGAACAGACUUGCGGAUGUGGUCACAAGGAUGAAGAAUGGGAAGAUCCGAAGGAAGGCGCUCCGAGAUCUUUCUGCCCUCCUGCAGAAGAUCCAGGAAUAUGUGAGUUGCGUGGCGAGUUCCCGCCUCCCCCAUGGAAAUAAAGACACAGGACACCAGUAUUUUAGGUUAAUGGGCAAAAUUAGGCCACAACUUUAUUGAUUACAGGAAUUGAGCGGUAUUGGCUUAGGCUUUGGUCCUAUCGACUAACCGGCUUCAGCCUGAUUGCUAGAAGACUGGCAAGGGUUAACCACCAGUAGGGGGAGUCCUGCUGAUGUACAUCAACUAGGAGCUCCCCCGGGGUCACCGCUCGGGGGCGUGCCUUAGGCCCACACCUCCAUAGGCUUCGGACAGGGCAACGCCCCACGGAAUCCUUUACCGGACUACCCUUCGAUAUGGGGGAAGGUGAUGGUGCUUCCUGCCCCCCCCCACUCAUCUGCAUAACAAUACCCUUAACAAUGCCUAACCGCCAAUGCCGAGGAAGUUGUGACGAUUUGCUAUGAGGUAGGCAAAAAGCCAAAUGGCUGGUGCCAAUUUGCCAAGUGGAAAAAAAUCCUGCCAGGCCCCUUGACAGCGACCAACCGAAGUCCAUAGCAAUGUCAAAGAGCCAAACCUAAAGGGUGGGAGGGUGGGAAAACUGGAGCAGCUAGGGCACUGGCAGAAAGAGGGAAAUCCUCAGGCGCCGGCCCUAAAUAGCGCGGGCCACUCCUCCCGGGCCAGCCGAUUGGCUGGCAAGGGAGAUGACGCGCCCGAGGAUUCCUUGCUCUUGCGGGGGCUGCAAGCCAGCCCCUGAGUAUGUGGGGGGAGGGCAUGAAGCCUCCAAUCCCACCUCCUCUGCAGCUUGGAAGUGGCUUUACUGAAGGGAAGCAUUGCAACCAUGCAGGGCUGUCAAGGCCUUCAGGCUGCUGCUUCUAGGCCCACCCUGCAAGGUGCUCAAGGGACAAUCAGGCAUCCCAGCACAUACCCAAUUUUGAGAACAGAGCUGGGCCAUAGUGAGUAAGACGGCUGAGAAAAGAAGAAAAAAAGCAAACAUUAGGAAAAGAGGGGUGGGAAGUCAAAAAGAAAUCAUUUUUUUUCUGUAGAGGAUGCUAAAUGUUUUGGAAUGUUUGGAAGAUUUAAUAAAACUGUUAUAGGAAAAAUGGUGAUGGGUUGCUUCUCUUAUCAGUCCCUUCUCUGGGUUUCUUCUCAGCCAUCGGUAGCGCUUCCUGCAUCCUCCCUUGGCCAACUGGUGGCGAUUUCCUGUCUUUGUGCACUGGAUCCAGACCCGGAGAGCAGGCAGCGGGCAGCAGAGGCUCUCUGCCAUCUUCUGCCCAUCCUGCGGCACAACGAAGGUAAGACUGGAAGAAUGCAUCCCAGCAUGGGGUGGGGGUGAGCAAGACCCAAACUAACCCUUUGGCUUUCCUUUGCAGAGACGCUGGCACGAACGUCAUGGAACCAAACGCUCAUCUUCAGAGCUGAGAAGGUCCUCAAAUCCACCGGAGGACCGGUUCCUGAACUGUUCGUGAAUAAUUGUUACUCUCUUGCCAGGGUAAGUCGCUGUCUCUCAAGCCACAUGUUCUGGGUUCUGCAGAGGCAGCACCUGGGCUUUCUGCUCCCCAGCCCUGCCCUGUGGGCAUCUCUGACCUUCCUCUCUUGCUUCAGGUCUUUGGCGCCUUUCUCCCUGCGGAGCAGCUCUUGGAGGCCAUGUGCUUCCUGGCCAGAGACCUGGUUGUCGAGAGCAGCUUCAACCCGUUGGAUAUCUCCCACUUACUGCAAGAAUUCAUCAAGCAGUUUGGCGGCACAAAAGUGGAGGUAAGGCAUCUGCAAAGGUAGGAGAGAAGAAGAUUCUCUGCUUGGUGUAGGGGAGGCAACCUCAUGCCAUUGGGUGGCCAGGACACAUGUUAGUUGAGAGGGGCCUGGCAAUGUCAGGACAAGAACCUCAGCCAAGGGUCCUGAGAAACAUGGAUUCAGGGAUGGGGAAUCCUCCUCCUUCUGGGAGCAGACUGGCAAGCUUCUUCUCUUGGCCCACAAUGGAUAGGGGAACUGGUGCCCUGGAGCUGCCUGGGUCCAAUACUCCCCAGGACCCUGAGUGGUACCUUGGAAGGAAGAGGCUGUGGUGGCACAGGUCAAGGGUCCCUCUUUCAAUGAGGGAUGGAGGGAUCCGCCUGCAGACAGCCCCGCUUCCUUGUACUCUCCAAGCAACCCUCUCCUUUUCUCUGACAGGUGAAGGUGCUGCUGGAGGCCUUCUAUAAGAUCAGCCAGGGGCCUACAGUGCAAGGCAGAAGCAUGGCCGUCUUCGCGUUGUCCAUCUUGUCGCACCACCACCUGGCGAAAGUGGUUGCAAUAUCUCCUCCAGUUUCCUUCAGGUAUGGAGCCCUCCAGGUUGUACUGGGCUAAGGGGAAGGUUGGCAAGCUGCAGGGCUUGCUCAGAAAGCCCUUGCUGCCAUUUCCUCUCUCUGGAGCAUGGCAGCAAGCAGAAGACUUGAAUCUGACCAUUGCUUUUGUUUUUGCAUUCACAGAGACUGUGAGAGGGUUUGGAGGGAGGUUUUAGCAUCGGCCGAUCCAGAACAAGCUGAUCCAUCUCAUGGCCAAGCAGAUUUACCAAAGCCCCUUGGCGGAAUCUGCCACCAAAGUGGUAAGGACCAACCACCUGCUUUCUGGCUUCCUUCUUCCCAGGGUAAUAUCUAGGGAUUCCUGUAUUCUGCAGAAAAGCAGAGAAAGUGACUUGCACCCCUCUCUCUUCCAGCAACAUCUCACCAGCCUGUUGCACGCCAUCCUCAGGAUGGAGGACUACAAGGCUGCUGUGCGCCGGAACUUCCCACAGCUGCUGAUCGCUCUCCUGGGGAUGGUUAUGAACUUCCACUAUGACCAGGAAUUCCUCGGGUGAGUAGUGUGUUGCAAGGGGACCAAUGGAGUCCUUUCCCCUUCAACCUCGGGGGGUUUCCAGUCCAGCUUGGUUUUCCAAGGGAGGCUCUCCUUCAGGCGGCUGCUAGGGAGGAAGGACGGGGAAAGAAUUUGAGUGUGUGCCAAUGACCCUCCUGGUAAAACUGGUCUUGCUUUGGUUCCAGAGGGGCUAAGGAAGUUCUGCACCUCCUUCUUGGCACCACUGGAGAGCAAGUGGAGGCGGCCAUCGUUGACCAACUUUUCUGCCGGGAGACUUUCAGCCAGGGGUUGUCUGCCAUGGUGAGGUAAGAGGAAGAACGCGGUGACCUUCCCCAGUGGUCUGGCAAACGGAGCUGAAGGCACGGGAUCGGACUGUGCCCCUGUUUGCUUCCUGCGGUGUCUUUCCCUUCCUUACCAAGAUCUGCUUCUCCAUUUCAGAGCUGUCGGAAAGCGACGCUGGUGGAUCCCUCCCAUGGUGGAAAGCAUCAUCGCUGCUCUCGAGGACCAGGAUUUUGCCGGGAUGCCACAAGUCGCGGCAGCUAUCUACAUCGAGGUGAGGGGGACUGACGCGGGAGGAAAUGGGUGCAGCAAGGAGGUCCUGGCUUGGUUUCUGCCGAGUGUUGGGCUACUUUGAGCCUAAGGACUGUUGCCUGUUUUAGUGCUCCUCAGAGUAGACCCAUUGGAUUUGAUGUACAUGACAAACUUUGGUCCAUUCACUUCAGUGGGUUUGCUCUAUGCAGAAUUGCAAAUGGUGGGUAAAAGGAGAACCUGCCUCAGCCGCUCAUCCCUGAAGAGUUUCUUUCUCUUUGGGCCUCUUUAGCUGCUCAGCUGCCGUCUGGAGGUCUAUCCCUGUGAAGAUACACUGGAGCAGCUCCUCAACUGGCUGAAACAUGACCACCUGCAAGUCCGGAAGCUCAGCGUCAGAGGGAUAUCCCUGCUUCUGGACUCUGACAUGGCAAGUGAUGCUCAGAGGGAGGGAGGGGGGGUACAGAUCUUGAUUCUAAUCAUGGCCCAGCACUCUUUUGCUGGCACAAUACUGAAGGGCCUGUGCUAAAAGGCAUGAGGCCUUUCAGACCUUUGAAAAGAUUCUCUCUUUGUGUAGGACCCUUCGCUUCUGCGGCUCUUGCUGCUGGAUUCCCUCUCUUAUGUAGAAGCUGAUGUCCUCCCAGAAUUGAUAGAGCUGGUAGACCAAGCCUACCAUUCCAGGGAGCUGGAAGAGGAAGACCUGAAUAUGCUGGCAGAAACCUACUGCAGCCUGGCUGCCCAUGUGAGUAUGAGGGGAAACAUGACAUCACACCCGGUGGUGGAGGAAUGCUUUGGAAGAGGAAGGGUGGGGUUUAGACUGGCAUGCAGCGGAGAUGUUCUGGCUUCAGGAGGGUGUUCCUCUGGAAAGUGAUCAGAUGAGAAACACAACCUCUGAUAUUUUCUGCCUACAGGAGGAAGACUCCGUCCGGGCAUCAGCCAUCGAACAUCUGGGGCUGCUUCGGGGCUGGGUGAGAGACCAAAGACUUCCCAUAUACAACAACAGAAGAGGAAGCCAUUAAUGAACUGCUUGUGGUCCUCAUUCACCUCGAAGAUGAGGACGAAGUGGCCAAGGUGAGGGCCAAAGAGGUGGACUUAUGCAGUAGGAGGGAGGGAUUGUUCUCAGGAGCUUCCGAGACUAUGUACUGCAAUUUGUAACCCUCUUCUCUUCUUGUGUUGCAGGCCGCAAGGAGGGCUCUUUCCCAUCUAGCCCCAGAAGUCAAGUGGUGGGCUCAUCCCAACAAAUUUAGCCUCCACUUUGCUCUCCACCAGGCUGCCAAGCAUAUGGUAAGGUCCCUCUGCUUUGUUGGCAGCUUUGCCCAGGCAUGUCUUUGGGAGUGCAAGGCUCUUCUGCUGCGCUCUCAAGCCUCUCUGAUGCCACUUCUCCUUUGUCUUUGCCCACAGAGCAAGACCUUCAGCAAGGACAUCCUUCGGACUGCUGCCUUAUCAUGUACGAAGCCGUCUGCCAACAGGCUGCCAGCAGUCUCCAGGGUGGCAGCUCUGCUUCUGGGUAAGUCAAGCAACGUUCUUCCCUGUAGGGAUGGACAGAAACGUCUUGGUAACGAUGGCAGGGAGGAUGGGCAUGUCCCUAGGCCACCUGCUAGGUAGGCCUCCAUCUGCGCCCAGAUCUUGCUCUGAGUGCUCCGUGAGGGUGGAGGCCUCUAGAGAGCAUACCUGUCCUCCUGCCGAGCUGCCUCUGUCUCUGCUUGCUUUGCACCGAGAUGACGUCCCUUUUCUUGCCCUCUCUCUCUCUCUCUAGGUCAUCUGGCUUUCCGGGAUGCCAGUUUCAUCCACGAUCAAGACAUGGCAUCCUAUGGAACAUGUGAGUGAGACAUACGGAGGGCAGGGAGGGAUGCUUCUGCUGAGAAAGGUCUUCAGGGGAAGGCAAAUUCCCAGAUGUAUGUUCAGACAGAGGUGCCACAAGAUGAACAUGCAAAGAGAAUUGGAAUGUGACUUCACUGCUCUCUCUCUCACACACAAACACACCUGACGGCUGUUUUCAUAUUGUUGAUGGAUGGCUCUUUUCCUGUGUAUCUCCACCUUGCUCAACCUUUCUCCCUUGCCACUCAGGGCUAGAAGAGAUGCAGCAGCACGAGGAAGAAGAGCUUAGGCAGACAGGGAGGAGCUGCCUGAACAUCAUGCAGCAGGCCUAUAGACAUCGGAACGGCAGGGUCCAGCGCUUUUUGAGGUGGCUGCUCCACUGUGUUCACAGGGAACCUUACCCGCAGGACUUCCUGAGCUGCAUGCCAGGUGAGUGAGGCAUCUGGUGGGCUAUUGGGACAUCUGGUGGGCUGUUUGGAUGGGACGUUUCUCAACGAGCCCCUUUCUCCUCCUGACAGAACAUCCGGAGUAGUGCCAGGCCAAGGCAACGUGGACACCAGAGUUGUGCUGCAGAGAUACCAUCUUCUGCUCUCCGCGGGAUCCAGUCUGGACCAGCGCCAGGAACAUCAACACCAUCAGGAUCGACCAAGAGGAGUGGUGCUGCCCUCACGACCCUCCGUACACAGCGGUAGGAAACCUUUUUGUUGUUGUGUUUCUUGUUGAUGUUGUUUUUGAUUGUUGAUUUUAUUGAUUUUGAAUCUCAGGGUGGUUCACAACACCAAGUAUACGAAGCACAAAAUAAAUAAUAAGAAUACUCACUGCACAAAAUUCAUAAUAAAAAUAUCAGAACAUAAUAUAAAUUAAAAUAAUAAAAACAUACCAAAAAAGCCACAAGACCAAUGUAUGCACACUAAUAAACAAUACAAGAGCCCUGAAACAACACUCCAGCCCACAAAUACAAAAUCUAAAUCAACAUAACACAUUUAACAACCAUUUAAAACAACCCCACCUUCUUGAAGAAGGCUGAUAUAUUAGAUUUAGAAGGUUGGAAUACGAGGUUUGGAUGGCACGCCUACCUAACAUACAACAAAGUGGCAGUGCAUAAGGACUUUUAAAUCAUAUAGUUAGAAUUUCAUUGUACAAGGUCUGGGAUAAGUACCACAGACUAUUAGAGCCCCAAAUACCCUGGUGGGCAUCCCCAGUGGAGAUGAUAACGGUAAAAAAGACAAACAUGGACACAAAUUGAGCAGCUUACCAACAAUUAAUAAAGGUAGAACAGGGCCAAUUAAAAAUCAAAUUGUAUGAAGAAAUUAAACAGUAUUGUAACGGCUGGAUUCACUAUCACCUAAUAGUGCAUAUAUUUAAUCAGGAUAAGAAAAUUGGUUUUGGAGAAAAGAAGUCAUUCUUACAAAAGGAAUUAGUACAAAUUAAUAAAAAGACCCUAUCUAGGAUGUAUGAUCUACUUUUGGAAUGGGAACUCAAGGAUGAGAUGCUAAAGGAUGUUAUGAUAAAGUGGGCGCAGGAUUUUGGCCACAACAUAAUGUUAGCUGUGGAAAUUUGACAUCAAGUUCACAGCAUGUUAUACAAUAAGGGAGAAUCUAAUGAAAAUGAUCUACCGGUGGUACCUAACCCCGCCCCGAGGAAUCGGCAAAAAUCUAUAAGCAAAAAACCAAUGUGUGCUGGAGAUGUAACACCGAGAUAGGAACAAUGUACCAUAUAUGGUGGGGUGUAAAGAGAUAAAAAGCUUUUGGAACAAAGUUCAUGAAGAAAUCAUUAAGAUUAAAAAAAAAUCAUUCAACAAGAAACCAGAAGCGUAUGUUGCAAGCAUAUAAUCUUGAUUCUUAAGAUUUUAGGCACUUCUAGCCUUAACAAUUUAAGCAUUAUUAUAGUAUUUAUGGUUAUACAUAAAACGUAAAGGUAAAACUCUUCCAGGUGGCCUUGCCACAUUCCCCCCUUUCAAGCUUAGAAACAAGUUACAGUUGUUUAUCCAGCUUGACUCUCAUGUUGAACCCCGGUAUAGACAACUGUGUCUCUCAAGGGGAUCUCUUCAGGGGGCAUUUCACGAAUUAGUCAAGCAUACUCAUGCUCUUCUUCUGCCGGGGGGGGGGCAGGGCUCGGUAUAUGGCCAUGAUGUGGGUUUCAGUGAGAUUCUUAAUGCUUUGGGCCACCAUUCCUCUGACUAGAGAUAUGCAGCAAGGGGUGAUGCAAAGAAGUAUUAGGAAGACUAAUCCUCCUACCGCAAUGGCGGCCAAAAGGCUAUGUAACCAUCCUACUCCUGGGACCCAAGACCACAUCCAUUCCCAAGGAUUCUGACUGGGUUGGUUAUCAUUUAUAAGGGCCUGUAAUUUUGGCAACUCAUCCUCAAUAGUGUUGUUGAGGUCAUGAAACUUCACUCUGCAGUUGCCUUCCGGGAUAUUUUACAAAAACGUCCUGAUUUGGCAAGGAGAUAGUCAAGAGCAAGUCUAUUAGCUGCUGCUAUCUGGUUCAAAUCCUCAAUCUCGGACUGCAACUGUCAGAGGAUAUGUGUAGUGGCAUUGAUGGUUUUCUCCAACCUGCAUGUUAGGGCAAAUUCACGAUUUUGUUCAGCCACAACUUCCGGAUGUAUGCCAAUGGUGAGGAUGCUAACGAAGCCUCCAUCAACAGCACCCACAGAGCGGGCCAGGAAAAUCUCAUCAUUGCACUGUUCCCCUUGGACUUCUCUCCUCUUUCUGUUUCUAAGAGAGGGUAGAGGAGGAAAAGCCUCCACAGUCACAGGGAAAGUAAAGGCACCUAUUCCCACACACUGAUAAUUACCAGGGUGGUAAUUAGUGGCUAGUCCAUUAUACAAGAACCAAAGAUUGGGGUCCUUGAUCAGCCAGCCAGAACAGAUGGAUCCCUGUCCGGUGAAGUUGACUGUAUAUUGGGGAAAGUAUGGAUACAGAUCUGAGGAUGUGGUGUUGCUUUGGUAAGAGGCGUUGAAGGAACCCCACAACCAAAACUUAUCAGUGCACUGUGUGUAAUUUCCCAGCCAACCUUUAUGUUGGUGGUGCUGGACAUGCGGCCAAUCUUUCCAUUUGGUGUUCCAUGAUCCAGAGGCAUAACAACAAAAGCACAAGCCCUGGGUGGUUCUGGAGAACCGGAAAUAUCGGUAUGUGGCAUCAUUCAUUUCAGAAGGAGGUGUCACGAAAAGGCCACUUUGAUUAUUGAGUAGGCCUGCCAAGACAAUGUCAGGGUCCCUGAUUAGUCCUGGGAUGAGGGACAUGUCAGCUACCUUUCUAGGGUGUUCAUAAUAAAGGGUGACAUUUUCGCCAUAUAUUUGAAACAUCUGCUUAGCAUGCUUUACAAAAACAUUUUCUUUGGUCAUUGGUCUCCUCAAGGUCAAGAUGCACAUCAGGGUUAACAUCAACUUCAUCAUGAUCAAGGAACUCCAGGGGUUCAAGGAGACCAAGGAUACCAACAAUUCCUCGUGGAUAGUCUUUCCAAAGAAAUACCUCCUAUAUACGUAA